AUGACAAAUAUCCGACCAACACCCACGAUCAUCCUACCCCGCCUCCCCGCCAAAACUCUCGUCGGCCUCGAUCUUCUCAGCUUCACGUCCACCGAACAAUUUUACGGGAUUAGCGAUCUGACGCCUGGUUGGCACUUCCUCUACACGGGUACGACGGAGAGUUUCUCGAUACGGUGCGGCGCAUGGUUCUAUGUCGGUGAUAUCUCGCACGAUUCAACGAGUGAUGGUUCCAAAAGCAUAAUUCUCCACAGCGGCGCCGCUACAGGCGGUCCGGAAAUCCGAAUAUGGAGAUGGAAUCAAGAUAUAGAGACCUUAAUACCGAUGCGAGGCGACGACGGUGAAAAUCGACUAGAGAUUAUGCGCUGGAAAGCGAACCUGGGCGGAUUGAGGCAAAUGGGUGCCUUGUUUAGUUACAAAACGAAAGGACUCCCCGAUAACACCGAGAUCGAUGAGAAUGACGCUACAGAUCAGUCGCCCACGCGCAAGGAUUGGAUUCAACUAACUAACCGUCUGACACCGGAAAUCCUGUCGCGGAUACUGGGCACGCCGUACAGCGACGAUGACGAUAGGCCGAGUUGGAAUAUAAAUUCGGCGAGUACGGCGGCGCGAGACGCGGAUAAUAUUCCUGGGAUCACAGCGGAGAUAGCUUCGGAAGUGAGGACAAAAGCCUUUGAAAGCGGACAAGAAAGCAAGAAAGAGAAAGAGCUUCAGUUCCUACCUAUUGAUCUAAAACGGACGUGGCGAGAAGGUGCAAUUGGGCGCGAGAGGACUGAAGCAGCGCAGGACAAAUCAUGGGCUUUGGGUGAUUUGAUCGGAAGAUAUAGUCUCUCCGGUAAUUCUGGGAAGAAGGGUGAAGGCGAGAUUCUGGGCGAAUUGCAGUUCUGCUUCCUCAUGAUCUUGACACUUAUGAAUUACUCAUGUCUCGAACAAUGGAAACGACUACUAUCGUUGAUAUUGACAUGUCGUAUUGCAAUCAGAGAACGAGAGCCGUUUUUUAGAGAUGUGCUUCAACUCUUGCGAUUACAGCUACGUCAUUGUGAAGAUGUUGACGGGGGUCUUUUCGAGAUGGAUGGGGAUUACGAUGGAAAUUUCUUACGGAAGUUGUUGACGGGAUUUCGGCAGACAAUAUAUCAAAUAGAAGGAGCUGAUACAGUCCGGCAAGAAAUGAAUGCGUUAGAGCAGUGGGUACGUACGGAAUACGGAUGGGAACUACGCAAGGACUCGAUUAUGCGUCGAGGGAUGUUGCAGCUUGAAGAUGGGGAACAAGUCGAAAUGGAGAUGAGUGGUGCUGAUGAGGAUGAUGAGACGGGCGAGUACGCUCCUGUGAUUGUCGAUGUGGGAGAAACCGAAGGUGCUGUGGUGGAAGACACGACUGAUGUCGACACACCUAUGGAUUAG